AGUAGAAUGAAGCCAGGAUCCAAAAUUCCAAAUACUUUUAUCUAUAAGCCAGUACUCUAGAAGUUUCCAUUUCCUCAAACUCCUCAAGCUCCAACCCAUUUCUUACUAUACCCACCUUUCUCUUCUAUGAUUAAUGUCAUAAAUGGAUCCAAGCUAACCCCUUACUGUGAAUUCCAUACUAUCGUGCAACAGCUUCGUUAUUAUUAGAGCCCAAAUCAUUUAAACCUCUUCCAUCUCUCCCUGCUCACAACCACCUUAACUCCCCCUCUUCUGUAUCAUCAUCAUCAUGGACUACUAUGGUAGCAAGAGAAAUCUUUGGAGCUUCAUAGACGAAGAAGAGAGGAGCCCAAGAACCCACGAUCCAAUGUCAGAACCGGAUCCCCAGUUCAGUCCUUCCAGGCCUUCCUCAGCUUCCAUGAUCCAACUUUCACCUCCAAGCCCUGACUCACCAUGGACACUCUCUCCUCUCCACCCCUCCCCUUCCCCUUCCUUACUCUACCAUUGCGUCGCAGCCCUCCAUCGCCAUGAAGGCAGCAUCUUAUCUAUCGCCGUCCUUCGCGGCAUCGUCUUCACUGGCUCCGAGAGCAACCGCAUUCACGUGUGGCGACAACCGGAAAUCAUUGAGCGUGGCUACGUCAAGGCCAAGUCCGGCGAGGUCCGUGCCCUCUUGGCCUACGGUAACAUGCUCUUCACCACACAUAGAGACUGUAAGGUUCGGGUCUGGAGAGUUUCGGUAUCGGAGAAUUUCCGAUACAAGAAGAUCACAAGCUUGCCUAGACGAAGCUCUUUCUCUCUCUUCUCGAGGACUAGCUCCCACCAACACAAGGACUCCAUUUCUUGCCUAGCUUACUACCAUUCCGAGGGGCUUCUCUAUACGAGUUCCUGGGACAAGACAGUCAAAGCUUGGAGGGUCUCGGACAAGAGAUGUGUUGACUCGUUCGUGGCUCACGAAGACAAUGUCAACGCGAUCGUGGUCAACCAAGAGGACGGCUGUGUUUUCACCUGCUCAUCCGAUGGAACGGUCAAGAUAUGGAGAAGGGUUUAUGGGGAGAGCUCUCAUACUCUGACCAUGACACUCAAGUUCCAACCUUCUCCUGUGAAUGCCUUGGCCUUGAGCUGGUCGCCCACCUCUUGUUUCCUUUAUUCCGGUUCGUCUGAUGGGUUCAUCAAUUUCUGGGAGAAAGAGAAAGUGUCAGGCCGGUUCAACCAUGGUGGGUUUUUGCAAGGGCAUAGGUUUGGGGUUCUAUGUUUGGUGGCAGUGGAGAGGUUGGUGUUUAGUGGUUCAGAGGAUACGACAAUAAGGGUGUGGAGGAGAGAGAAAGGGAGUUGCUUCCAUGCUUGUCUGGCUGUGUUGGAUGGCCACACAGGGCCUGUGAGAUGCUUAGCUGCUUGUUUGGAGAUGGAGAAAGUGGUGAUGGGGUUCUUGGUGUAUAGUGCGAGUUUGGAUCGGACGUUUAGAGUUUGGAGGGUGAAGGUGUUCCCUGGAGAGACAAAGGUGAACUUGGAAGAGAGUGAGACAAGGUUGGAUCAGAAGAAUAAGAUCAUGGAGUAUGAGACCAGUCCAGUGUUGUCGCCGUCCUGGGUUGAAAGGAAGCUUCAAGGUGAUCUUUUAAAUUAGUAACAAGGAAUCGAAUUGAACCAAAUCAAACCAAACCAAAUCGAACCUAUUAACAUUUAACAGGGUACAAGUAGUCUAGUGAUGAUAUGCAUGAUUGUGACAUUCAAUUUUACCAUUUUCUAUUUCCCUUUUAUUUCUUUUUCAAUCUCAACUCUACUCUCUUUUUCUGCUUAGGAAUGUAUUUCUCCAUAUAUCUUAAAAUGUAGGGAAGAAAAAUUAGGGUUGGGGCGCA